CAAAGCCAAAUUAUUUUAUAUGUCUACAAAAACACAAAAAUGGGAAAUUGCAUAGUUCAUCAAGAAAAAGUUGUAAAAGUGAUGAAAACAGAUGGGAAGAUUCUUGAAUACAAAGCUCCCAUAAAAGUUCAUCAAGUAUUAUCACAAUUUUCUGGCCAUGUAAUAUCUAAUUCCCUUCAAGUCAUUGAUCAAAAUCUUCAACCAGAUGAUGACAUGCUAGGUGGAAAAAUUUACUAUCUUUUGCCUAUGUUACCAGUAUUACCUCCUCCAAAACCAGCCACAAAAAAGAAGGUCAAAUUUGCUGAUGAUCAAUUAGUUGAAGAAAAAGCUAAGCAAAAAACAGAUGCUGUAAGGAUUAAGCUUGUUAUUACUAAAAAAGAGCUUCAAGCUUGGCUUAUGAGUACUGAAGGAGGAUUAAUCACGGUUGAUCCCAUCACAAAUCAUCGUGUUCAGAAUGAACAAAUUAGCACAAAUGAUAUUAAGAGUUCUGUUAUUAAAGAUUAUAGUACUGAUCAAGGUAAAGGAUGGAAACCUGUUCUUGAUGAUAUACCUGAACUCAACUAGAAAAGAGCCUUUCGGCUUUUUUGUCAGUUGUUGUAAACUUAUUUAAUAUAACUAGUCACCUUACAUUAGCAAGGAGCAAAAAGGCCAUGUUAAUUACAUAACUCUGGUUCAUCUCUACUAAGAAGAAAGUAGAAUUAGCGACAGAAAUAUUUUGUAGCUAAACAAUAAAAUUCGUCGCUAAUUGUAGAUAUUAACGGAGACGGAUCGAUUAUCACAAAAUUAUGUUAGUUACGAGCAAAUUAAUGGGAUAAG